AUGUUUCAAGCUGGGAGUGACGGUUGGGACAGUUUGACAACUCGACUGCCAAAUUAUAGGUACUGUGGCAUAGGAGUAACAGCCAUGGCAUCAGUUCUGUGUUUACUCUCCAUAGCAGUUGACCGGUACACCGCCAUCGUCUACCCGUUACGCUACAACGCCAUCAUGACGCUAUCACGUGCACGCCGUCUGACUGUUAUCAUAUGGGUGAUGUCCCUUGUCCUUUAUCUCGUUAUUCCAUGCCUGUGGCACAACGAAUGGGAGGACAUCCCAGACAGAGAUUGCUUGUACGUCAAAGUUAUGAAACGGGAAUAUCUAGGAGGCGUCAAUAACCCGAUGUUCGUGCUGGCCACCAUCUUCAUCAUGUGCCUGUAUGGCAGAAUAUUCUACAUUGCGCACAAACGGGGAAAGGAGGAUCCUAUUGGUCAAUUUGUGCCCAGGAACUCGUUGGAAGUCGAUUUGAAAAUUGCCAAAAUGGCCGCCAUCGUUUUGGGCAUUUUUGUGUUCUGUUGGUUUCCUUUUGUUGCAAUAGUCAGUAUUCAGGUCUAUGGUGAUCUUGUGUACUCAGAACCAAUGAAUGAGGCCAAUAGCUACGUUACUAACCUGCUGUUUGUCAACUCCGCUGUUAAUCCUGUGGUUUAUGCAUUUCGGUCGGAAACUUUCAUGACAGAAUUCAGAAAACUAUUACACAUAAAAGAAAAACCUCAAACCAAUGUUCAGGCACCGGCGCCAGUCAUAUUUUCAACUAUGAAUACAACAGAUACAGCGUUGUAA